AUGCGUACCACAGACCCAGCAACCUUAGCACUGAUUGACUCAGCGCACGGCCUGACCUGGUCUACUAAAUCGGAAGUUUCUCACGUCCCAGCAUCUACACUGUGGCACCGCGCGAACGGACGGCCAUCAAAGGAGGAGAAGGCAGCAAAUCAGCAAUACCUAACUACAUCGGAAGAAGAUGCUCUUGUGCAUGAUAUUCUACGUAUGUCAAAGAACGGCUAUCCCCCGGCGGUCAAGUUCCUACCCAUGUUAGCUGGGGUCCUGCGCCGGCGACGAUCCCCCUCUGACGAUUUUACGGCCGGCUGCCCUGUUACGCAGCCAAGUCCGAGUUGGCGGCACGACUACAAUAUUCGUAGCAAAGUUGAAGAAUGGUUUUCUGUAAUUGGAUCUGAACUCCACCAUGCCGCCAUCGACCCCGCCAAUGUGUAUAACAUGGAUGAAACAGGGGUCAUGCUAAGUGGCCCUAGCUCAUUGAAAGUCCUUGUUGGCAAAGAAUGUAGUGGGUCUAGAGGAGCAAGAUUGAAGCGAGAAGUAGUCACUGCCAUUGAAUGUAUCUCAGCCGAUGGUCGGGCCCUCUACCCUGUGAUCAUCUGGCCUGCUACCACCCAUCGCAGCACAUGGACCACUCACCCGACACCAAACUGGCAUUUUGCUUGCUCAAAAUCUGGUUAUACUGACAGUGCGAUUAGUCUUUACUGGAUCAAACAUGUGUUUGACCCGCAAACUAGAGCUCAGGCUGGCAACAAGCCACGCCUCCUCAUUAGUGAUGGAUUUGGUACUCAUGAAUCGAUGGAAGUCCGUGCUCGCAAUGAAGCCUUCACGCGUAGGAAUAUUCUCUCGGGGUGGUCGAAAAGCGGGCUUCAUCCUUUCAACCCAGAAAAAGUUCUUGGAAAUAUCCAGAAACCACCCGAAGACAUAGCAGAGCUCCAGUGUGAUGCUGGGGUCAAUGCUCCUCACCCUUCUUCUGAUGAGCCUCCUGUCACGCCCGUCACGUUCGAUGGGGUAUGCCUUCUACGAAAAAUCAUUGAGGAGGAUCUACGUAAUCUAGAUGUGCGUGGCAAGCUUUGCUUUCAAAAAAUGCUCAACGCUACCGAAAAGGCAUUUGCGGAGCGUUCCCUUCUUCUACAGCGAAACCAAGAAUUAUUCCAACAGAAUAAGGAGAAGAAAAUCCGGCAAGGUGUGAAAUCGACGGUUGUUGGGAAGGCUAAGGUCAUGAAGUACGAGGAUAUUGUUGAAGCAAAACGAAAGCGGGAGGAAAAGGAGUCCUCCCGGGUGUUGAAAAAAAGAAAAACACGGAGAAAAACCACAGAACCAAGGGAGAACAUCCAAGCACAUGCUCCUCGGCCAAUGGAGGAGUUUUGCUCUGUUCUCCAAUUUUGA